AUGAGGUUUCCGCGUCUGCUCGGCGACCUCCCGGCGCGCUCGGCUGAGGAUGUGCACGCGACGCAGGAGGCGCGGGGGGAGUCGCCAAAGGAGUGGGGCGGCAGACACCUGGCACUAAAGAGAGGCCUUGCCCUGCUGAUUCACCCCCGAUGUGAGCUGAAGUUUUCGGCGCUGAGCGUUGUGUUUUUCUGUUCCUUGGAGUGCCUCGUUCAGAAACUGACAGGAGGUGCCCGGACGCUGACUGGAAACGGGCCCCUCACAAUUCUGUGCACCUGUGUCAGUCUGCACGGCCCAGUCCUGAGUUUUUGCCUGUUCAGCGGUUCGCUCACGUUUUAUUUCUGCCCCUUCUGCAAGGUUCUCUUUGCCGCCUGUGAGCUGGGCGUGUUUGACCUUCUCGCGGAGGCCCCAGGGCCCCUGGCCGUGGCUGCCGUGGCUGCAGGUGUGGGAGCCAGCUACCACGCGAUGGAGCGCCUGCUGGAUGCCUGUGUGUCCCUGAAGUUGCUCACAGUGGAGACCAGGGGAGGACAAGCUUUCUAUGGAAACACGGAGAUGUCCAGAGUCUACCUGAGCAGGAUCAGCCCGACCUCACAGUGCAGUAUGCUGCUGUACAUGGCCAGGACCACUUACCACUGCUGGGGCCACCUGGCACAGGCUGUGAGAGAAGGCAAGAACCAAUAUCUGCAGACCUUCGGAGUUCCUGCAGAAGACCUUUUCACCGCCAUCUACAGGUCGGAGGGCGAGCGCGUGCAGUUCAUGCAAGCCCUGCGGGAGGUCUGGAGCAUGAACGGGAGAAGCGUGCUGACCGCAUUCGACCUGUCCCUGUUCCCGCUCGUGUGCGACCUCGGCGGUGGGGCCGGGGCUCUGGCCAGGCAGUGCCUUUGUCUGUACCCCGGAUGUCACGUCACCGUUUUCGACCUCCCAGAAGUGGUGAGGACGGCAAAGCAGCACUUCCCGCUCCCGGAGGAAGAGCACGUUGGCUUCCAGGAAGGGGAUUUCUUUAAAGACCAUCUUCCGGAAGCAGACCUGUACAUCCUGGCCAGGAUCCUCCAUGACUGGGCGGAUGGGAGAUGCUCACAGCUGCUGGAGAGGGUCUACCGCUCUUGCAAGCCGGGUGGUGCCAUUCUAGUGAUUGAAAGCCUCCUGGAUGAAGACAGGCGAGGUCCUCUGCUCACGCAGCUCUACUCUCUGAACAUGCUUGUGCAGACGGAAGGCCAGGAGAGGACCCCCAGCCACUUCCAUGCGCUCCUCUCGUCUGCUGGCUUCAGAGACUUCCAGUUUAAGAAAACGGGGGCCAUUUACGAUGCCAUUUUAGCCAGGAAAUAACUUUCCUUGUGACCUGGAACGACCGUCUGCUGGGAGAAGGUCUUGAUGUGUGUGCGAUGGAUUGUACGUUGUUUACUGAGAAAUGAUGGCAAGGAACGCUGCGUGUCCCCAGGCAGAAGACUGCUCAGGGCGUUCUAGGAUAGUGGACUGUAUGUACCAGUCAUGCACUCGUUACGCUAACUCUCAAAACACAGGAUACAUGAUCUUGUCCCCAUUGCUGACUGGCGAAGAGUGCUUUCUAGCUUAUUUCUAUUUUACCAGUGAACAGGCGCUAGCUGCCUAUUGAG